AUGAGUAAUAACUAUGUUGACGGCAGUUACACAAUGGGAGCUUCAUCGUUUGAUCUUUUACAAGGUACGGAUUGUCCAGGAACGGCAACUUUAUUUGAUUUGGUCCACAUGGUGUACAGCGAUAGUCCAAAUGUCAUCAAAAAUGCUGUCUGUSUAUUUGAAUKGAACACUGGAUCACCACUAAGACGACAUUACGAUAACGACUWUCAAGGAGGAUAUACUUUCUAUGGUGGAAUGRYMAACCAGGCUCUUGUCUUGCGAACUAUUGCUGCAGUCAGCAAUUAUGACUACAUACACGACUUCAUCUUCUACCAGAACGGCGCGGUAGAAGURAAAGUAUCAGCAUCUGGUUACCCMUUUGGUACUUACUACGAUGAGAAUGUAAAAUCAUACGGUUAUCCCAUCCACAAUAACUUAACAAGCACUACACACGAUCACUUACUCAACUACAAAGUUGACUUAGAUGUUGGUGGAAGACAAAAUUCCUACGAGACUAUCGAAGUCACAACAGAAAACGUAACUGACAAAUGGCUACCGGAGAAAMACAGAUACUUUGUCAGGAAAGUCUUGAAACGUACCACCAAAAAGACCGAGCAAGAGGCAGCAUACAAAUUCAACUUUGACCGUCCAAAGUAUUUGAACUUCUACAAUGAAAAAAAGAAAAACAAAAUGGGUGUGUCAAAAGGAUACAGAAUCCAGCUGAAUGGUAUCAUGAAGCAGUUGUAUCCAGAAGACUGGAUAAUGGUACCGAUGAUAAGUUGGUCUCUGUAUCAGUUGGCUGUUACAAGGUACAAAGACAGCGAAAGACAAAGCUCUUCGCAGUACAACCAAAACUCUCCGAGCGAUCCUCACGUCGAUUUCAGAACAUUUCUAGYAGACAACGAAUCUAUUGUCAAUGAAGAUCUUGUUGCUUGGGUAACCACUGGAAUGAUGCACAUCCCUCAUUCUGAGGAUAUUCCCAACACAGCCACGGUUGGAAGUACAGCAGGGUUUUAUCUUCGUCCUUUUAACUACUUUGAUGAGGAUCCAUCGAUGGGUUCGAGUAAUGCCAUCUUGAUAACACCCACUGACAAGAACUACAGUCCUUCAUUCCAACGUUUUGGUACCCCGACUGGUCCUGUCUGUGUUCCUAAGGAAUAUCCUGUUACUUUUGAUGGUCGAAACAACAAAUAACGAUGAACGGUUUGAAUCUUUACCCAAAAGUGCAUGAAACCUAUUACUUUUAAAUUGUUGUUUCUACGUCAUCAUGAGCUCUGUACGCCAUUACUAUGGUCCAGGGAGACAUGGGGCUGAAGGAAAGAAGCGCGCUAGGGUGUACUAUAAUCCAUGCGUUUUUUCUACGAGAACGCCUCACUUUUUUUCUAGUAAUUCAAACAUAUGUCAAAAAAUAAAAUAAAAGUGAGUUAAG